UGGGGAGCAUCACAGAUGUCCCGACAGGCAUGCCUAAUAACACCUACCUACUGCAGCUCAACGCCACCGACAUUAAGGUGUUGAACGAACAGAGUCUAGCCAUGCUUCCCUACAUGCUUCGUUUUAGCAUCAGUCACAGCCCCCUGGAAACAGUCCACCCUGAUGCCUUCGAAGUGGCCCAGCAACUCCUCUCCGUCAAGCUGUCUUCGACCAGCCUCUUCUGCCUCCCGCCACGGGUGUUCAGAUCCCUGACCAGCCUGGAGCAGCUGCAUCUGAACGGCAACCGCCUGGAGUCCAUCGCCUCUGUGCUGUUUGAAGGUCUGGUCAAAUUGAACGAACUGGAUCUCAGUAGCAACGCCAUCACUCACCUUGACCCCAACGUCUUCCGCAGUCUGGGCAGCCUACGCUUCCUCAACCUGGGGAGGAACUCCCUGCAACGGCUGCCUCCUACCGUGUUCCAGUCACUGACAUGGCUGCAGUACCUCAUGCUCUACAAAAACCGUCUGGAAGCUCUGGAGCCGGAUGCGUUCAAUGACUUGGCCAACCUCCUGGAGCUCCAUCUGCACAACAACCAAAUCUCCCACAUACCUCCCAAGGUGUUCUGGGCCCUGGGCAACCUCAGGACCCUCACUGUGUCCUCAAACCAGCUCCGAGGCUUCCCAGAAAAGAGUUUCUACCAUCUUCCAAAACUUACCAAGCUGACCAUCUACAAAAACCCUCUAGUGUCACUGCCUGAUAAGCUGAUGGGCCAAAUGCCUCUGAUGACGGAGUUCUAUCUGUACGAAACCAAUCUGAUCACAGUGCCCUGGAACCUGUUUGCCAACAUGAGCGCGUUGGAACGGCUCCACCUUCACCUUAACAACAAGCUGAGGGAGCUGCCACCAGACCUGUUCUGCUGCGUGCCCAACAUCCAGAAGCUUUCCCUCAAGUCCAACGACAUCCAGGAUCUACACGGAGAUCUCUUCUCCAAGCUGGCCACUGUGACCACUCUGUUCCUAAAUGACAACAAGGUCCGUGCCCUCCCUAGGGACAUCUUCAGAGGCAAUCCCAGCUUGGAAAUCAUCGACCUGAAGAGCAACCUGCUCCAGACACUUCCGUCAGAAGUCUUCUCCCCAGUACGGGGGCUGCAGACUGUCACUCUGAGUGGAAACCUGUGGGAUUGCAGGUGUGACUUCAGAGACAUUGCCCGUUGGAUGAAGCAGAAUGAAGCUGAAGCACCAACUCCCACAGAGACAGAGACUGUAGAAAUCACCCCCACCACCCCCACCUUCCAGGCCCCACCAACCCGACACACAGAUGUCAGGGCCAGGUCCACAAAAGAAGUGUUCAUACCCACUCCAACUGCCACACCAACCACUGACCUUUUGGCCAUUUUUGAAGAGGAACACCUAUUAAUGCAGCAGAGCACAGAACCCCUCCCCCUUGCACCAAGUGACGACCACCUCCUGUCCCCGUCCUUCCACAACUGGUUGGUGAUUGAGAAUCGUCCAGAGUUUGUGCACAACAACCGCCUGGAUGGCUGGACUUACGUGUGGACGCUCCCUCCCAACCCAGCAUUCGCCGGGUUUCUCAUGGCCUUCCACAUCCUGCUGGUAGCUGCCGGCGUUGCUCUGAUUCUGGCUGCCAUUUAUGGGAUGUACCGGCUCAACCAGGCAAUGGAAGACCUAGGAGCAGUACUCACAAACAGGAAACACAUGUCAGACAGGAAACAGAAAGAUAAACUGUAG